CCCGCAAGGCCACGACGCAAUUCUCUGACUGACAUGCCAGAGAUUCUUCUUUCUGUUAACCGAAUGAUACCUUCAUCUCCAUGAUCAAAUGAAUCAAUGGAAGUGUUCUAAAAGGUAAAAACCCUAAAACCACCUCCAGCAUUUCGAAUUUUCUGAUGGGUGAGGACUGAGGAAGCUGCAAUUAUUAGAAUGACUUGUUUUCGAAUCGAAAAUACUCCACGAAUGAUUUAGUCGCUAAUGUUGAAGCAGAUGAUUGCUCGAGUUACUUGAGUCUUUCCAGAAACAGCUUCAUCAUCAAAUUCUUCCAUCUUCUGUGGUAAAACCAAACUGACCUCGUUGAAGAAGAUCUAAUACAGAAAAACAACCAACACAUGUGUAGAAGAAUUACUAAGAUGAACAAAGAGAAUUUGUUUUCAAGUAUUUCAAUGCCAAAGAAAAGAGAAAGGUUUGAAGAAGGGAAGAGAUUAGAUGCAUACACAUACAAAAAGUUGUUCCAAAUUGCUGGGAAAAAGAUGAAGGAGAUGUCUCAUGGAUGUGAUCAUAUUACCACAUCUGAUGCUUCAAUGAAAGUUGAUGGAACAAUUGUCAUGAAAUCUUGCUCAGAUUCUAAACAUGAAAAAAAGCAUAGGGUUGCAUUGGACUCUAAAGAAGUUUGUUUUGACAAUCAAGAAUCUGCAAAAGAACAUCCCCAAAUGGAUUGUGAUGAGAAUGAUACUACGCUCAAAACGGGCCCUACACCCACACACAGUGCUGAGCUGGCAGAGUUUCAAUUGAAGGUAUCAAGUGAAGUCCAUGAUCAUGUUAACAAACUUUGUGAUUAUUGGAAAAAAGGUCAGAAUUCUGUCUUCUUUGAUGGACAGGUGAACCAAUUUCUUGUUUAUCUAUAUAUUAUACUUAUUUCCUUAAUGGAUUCAUUCAUAUUAUGCUUUAAAAACAUUAUAUUUUGGAUGUUACAGGAUCGGAUAAUUAAAGUGGUGUUUUUUGUAUUAUCAUUGCUGGAAAAAGUGAAACAACCUAUUUUAAUUUUAACUGCUUCAAGAUGUCUUUCAUUAUGGGAAUCUGAAUUUUCCAAAUGGUCAAAUUCAACAAAUGUUGUAAUUACAUACAAAGAGAACAAAGAUGUGAAGGAUGCCAUUAGAUCAUCACAACUCUACACUGAAAAUGGAUCUUUAAAGUUUCAAGUCAUUUUAUCUUCUCCUGAUGCCAUUGUUGAGGAUUUUGAAAAGCUUGAUCACAUAAAAUGGGGAUUGAUAGUAAUAGAUGAAUGUCAACGCCCCAUAAUCUCAAAACAUUUCAAGGAAAUUAAAUUGCUUGUGUCAGAUAUGAAGCUGCUAACAAUUACUAGUGAAAUAUUGGAUGUGAAGCAUAGCUACCAAAAUUUUCUUUCGUUGCUUGAUUCCAAAUAUGAAGAGACAGACACGGAUGCUGACAUGGACGCCAACACAUUGAAAGAAAAACUAUCGCCUUUUAUUGCAUUUGAAUUGAAGUUUAAUUCAUCUGAAAUUGAAGAAUACUGGGUCCCAGUUCAUCUUUCUCAUAUGCAAAUCGAACAAUAUUGUUCCUUGUUGAAUUCCAACUUUGAGUCACUUUCACUUUCAUCAUCUUCAAGGAACAAUGCUACACUUCAUGACAUUCUUACCAAAACUCAGAAGUGCUGUGAUCACCCGUAUCUCGUGGACCCCACUCUGCGUAAAUCUUUGAAGAAAGAUGUUGACAAAUUGGGUGCUGAAAUUAAUGCAAGUGGGAAACUUCAACUUCUUGAUAGGCUUUUGUUAAAAAUCAAAAGAUAUGGUUUGAGAGUAAUUGUUCUUUUUCAGUCAGUGGUUAGUUCAGAAAAGAUAACAAUUGGAGAUAUUUUGGAAGAUCUUGUUGAUAGAAGAUUUGGGCAAGAUUCAUACGUACGUAUCCAACCAAAGAUUCUUUCAAUGUCAAAGAGAAAAGAGGCUGUAAACAUGUUCAACAACAUCAAAAGUGGAGCGUUUGUUUGCUUAUUAGAUUAUCACGAUUGUCAAUCAACGAUUAGGCUUUCAUCAGUGGAUAUAGUCAUACUAUUCAACAGCGACUGGAACCCUUCAGAUGACUUAAAAGCCCUUCACAAGCUUUCUCUCGAUUCUUCUCAUUUACGAAUCUUCCGCUUUUAUUCCUCUUUCACCAUUGAAGAAAAAUCUCUCAUUCUUUCAAAACAAGGCACGAUUCUCGACAGCAGAACAGCUCGCAUUAAUUACAAUACUUGCCAUCGGCUCCUUUCAUGGGGUGCAUCUUACUUGUUCAAUAACCUCUCCACCGAGUCAAACUCAAAGUCAAAGUCAAAUUCAGACACUAGUUUAGAUGAUUUGGUUCUCGAGUUGUCAUCUAUGUUUCUGAAUAAAACUGAGAAUACUGAUCGUUUAAAAAGCUUAAUCAUUUCAAAAGCAUUGAUACACGAUGGAGUUUAUUCUAAAGAUAUCUUAUUGAUGGGUGAAACUGAAGCACACACAAACGAAAGUUGCUCAAUUGAGGAGUACUUGAUGGAAAAUGAAACAAAUAAUUUUUGGAGUAAUUUGUUCAAAGAAUCUCAUCGUAUCCAUACACCGCAAAAAUCGUCUAGCAGGCUGCCUCGGAGGGUAAAAAUGUCAUUCCGCAACCCUUAUUACUGGUUUGGAAGAUUUGAAGUUGAAAGUGAAAGCGAUACAGAGAAUACUGAGAAGAAUGUAAUUUCUUCAACUUUUGUGAGAACAAAAAUGAGGAGUAAAAGAAAAGCACGCAAAAUGACAGGGGCAUCCAAACAUUUUUUUAUACAACAUUCAACACAAUCACCAAAUUCAAUUCCUUCAUUUUCAAGUACAAAUAAUGUUGGUGGAUCCCCAAACAAUCAACCUCCACAACCACAAACUUUACCCAUGAUACCAUCGGUUUCUGAUCAAAAUUCCAUUACUACCCCUCUUGAAACAGAGCUACAAAACAUCAAGAAGGAGCAAGAGCAAGUCACAAAGCUACAUCAAGAAAAGAAAUCGAUGCUAAAUUCCGAGUGUGAAAAGGAGAUGUUAGAGAUACGGAAAAAGUACGAUGGUUUGAUAGAUGAAUCUGAGAUGUGUUUAACAAAGAAGAUGAAGGUUCUAGAAGGAUACUAUGAUCUUGUGUAUGCCAAUAAAGUAUUGGCUGAGACUUUGACAAAGGAUUGUGAUGAUUAUCUUAAUAAAGAAAUGAGGGGAGUGAAGAUUGUUGAAAUCCCUGCAUCGACACUUGUACAAUCACAGAACCGAUGUACAACAAGUGGUCAUACUUUGCGUGCUCCAGCUCCUCAUUUAAGGUCAAAUCCGUCAUUAUUUGCAUCAUUUCAAAGAAUGCCAGUAUUGGGUUCAAAUUAGGGCACUCGCAUUUUUAGAGCUAUAUCUUUUAGUUGGAAGUAUAGUAUAUACACAUACAUAUGUACACAUUUCAUGUCAACAUUAUCUUAUCAUAGGUUGUUACUUUACAAGGUAAAUGAGGACAAGGUUUACAAGUACAUAUACUCUAUCUUUGUUUCUAAUUAUCUGCUAUUGUAAAGAGAUGAACAUUACAAAUAUAAAUUCUGCUUUUCCUA